AGCCUUCUAUUUUCAGCUGGAGGGCAUGCCAUCCGCGAAUCUUCCAUUCCCAAGUUGGUAUAUCCAAGAUGAAAAUGAAUGUAAGGACAAGAAUCACUUCGCAUAAAUGCCAGAUUCCACGCCAAUUGAUCUCCACAAAUCAAACAGAUUGCUCUGUCCCCACCUUCCAUUGAUCAAGAAGGCUAUCUUAUCACCAGCUAUGAUGCUCCUCAGUAAAUAAUUCCCCUCAUAAAUACUUAUAUGGAAACUAUCUAACAUGGUUGGAGAGCCUAAUGGGAACUUAACCAGAAAAAAACUAGAAAGAAACAGUGUCCAUAAUUAUUAUAUUCACAAGCCUUGAGCCUUUGACGUUUGAAUCCACCCCACGGCAAGAUGGUUUGUGGAGUUCUCGCCUUCGAAGUCCCUCUGUGUUCAAGCUUGAAUUCCAUAUAUAAUUCAAGCAGGCCUGCUAAAUGCUCUACCAGACUUGGAAUUCAAUGCUCAAAUUCUAGUCCAGAAGUUCCCUUAGCAACAGAGAUGGUUCAAAAUGAUGCUUCCAUCACUGGUGGUGCAUAUGGUUUUGACAGUGCAACAAUAUCGCUUACUCAGAAAUUGUUGUCAUCACCAAAGAGGGUAACUCUUAUAAGGCAUGGGCUUAGCUCUUGGAAUAAAGAGGGUAGAGUUCAGGGAAGCUCAAACUUAUCUGUCUUAACUGAAACUGGAGUGAGGCAAGCAGAGAGGUGUAGGCAAGCCUUAGAAAAUAUGCAUUUUGAUUGUUGCUUUUCAAGUCCAAUAUCUCGUGCCAAGUCCAGUGCUGAAGUCAUAUGGCAAGGGAAGGAAGAGCCACUGGUUUUCCUUGAUUCACUGAAGGAGGCUCAUCUGUUUUUCCUUGAAGGCAUGAGAAAUGUGGAUGCUAGAGAGAGAUAUCCAAAGGAAUAUACAACAUGGAGAGAGGAUCCUGCUAAUUUUUAUGUGAAUGGUGUCUACCCCGUGCGAAAACUAUGGGGGACAGCUCAAGAAGCUUGGAGAGAAAUUUUGCUUUCUCCUGGUGAAAAUUUUUUGGUUGUCACUCACAAGUCAAUCUUGAGGGCACUAAUCUGCACAGCUUUGGGGCUAGGCCCUGAGAGUAAUCAUUUGUGAAUUGCAAUUGCCAUGCUCAUCAUAUUACAAUGGUGAUGGUACAUUGCUGCUACAUUUUAUUAGCAUUCAGCCUUAGAAACACUUUUGUUGGUUCAGGUUUCGGGCAAUUGAUGUGAACAACGGUGGCAUAUCAGUAUUUAAUUUCAACAAAAGAGGAGAAGCAAUGCUUCAAUCGUUGAAUAUGACAGCUCACAUGUACAGUGAUCAUAUUUAUCUAUACUAAAACUUAUGUGGAACAUUCGAUGGUGAGAAAGAAGUUUAAGAACUUAAAUUCUGCUAACCAUAUCACAUACCAAAAACAGCAAUAAAGUACUCAUAGAGUGAUGAGAAGCAGAGAAUGGGAUGAAUAGUUGUGAAUCAUUAUGAUUUCAAACUUUGUUUACUUCCAGUGAUGAAACUCUGGUCUGGAUUUAGCUUUAAUGGAUGUAAUAUAAGCAGCUUCCACCAUGAAAGCAGAAUCCACAUAUGGUAAAACUUUGCAGCUGAUCUAUAACUACAAAACUUAUUGGAAA